CCUCAUCCAUAUAAAUUUGGUUACGAAAUUGAAGAUGGUUAUGGUGGAAAAAAUUCACGCCAUGAAUCCGGUGAUGAUUAUGGCAAUGUGCAUGGAACAUAUGCAUUACAUGAUAAAGAUGGUCGUAAACGUAUUGUAGAAUAUGUUGCUGAUAAAAAAGGUUUUCGUGCUAAAAUACAUUCAAAUGAACCUGGAUUACAAUCACAUCAUGCAGCACAUGCACAUUAUGAUGUUGAACAUCAUGGUUAUCAUGGUGGUGGAUAUGAUGAUCAUCAUGGUAAAGGCGGCGGUGGUGGUGGUGGUGGCGAUGAUGAUGGUUAUGGCUAUCAUCAUGAAGAAAGACAUUAUAAAUAAUAGAUUUAAAUUGAAC